CACCAUUGCCAUCAUCACCACCAUCACCACCACCACGCCGUCAUCCUCACCUUUAGCCCUGGUCAUCGUCGUCUGGCAGUGAUAAUGGCUCCUUCUCUCGACUCACACGACGCAGCAGAGGCAGCUCUCGCCUCGCAGCUUGCGGAAGAUGUGCGACAGGCAGAGUCCGGCAAGGCAUCUACCUCCACCGUCCUAGGGUCAGAUGCCUCGAGGGACGCUGAAGCUACGCAAGCCUCGACCUCUGGCGCCUCGACUUCAUCUGCUAAUCAAACACCAGCAGCGCUCCGUCAGCCCUUUUCAGAUCUCGACCUCUCGGAGCCGACACGGAGAGCCUUGGAGGGUAUGGGUUUCAAGACCAUGACAGAGGUGCAGGCCAGGUGUAUCCCACCUCUCAUGGCAGGCAAGGACGUCCUUGGAGCUGCUCAGACUGGCAGUGGGAAGACGCUGGCCUUUCUCAUCCCCAUCAUCGAAAUGCUGAGUAGGCUGAAAUUCAAACCCAGGAAUGGGACAGGAGCUAUCGUCAUCUCGCCCACUCGUGAGCUGGCUCUGCAGAUCUUCGGCGUGGCAAAGGAGCUCAUGCAGUAUCACCAUCAGACGUUCGGUAUCAUCAUGGGAGGAGCGAACAGGAAGGCGGAGGCGGACAAGCUGCAGAAGGGUGUGAACCUCAUCGUUGCCACGCCCGGAAGGCUGCUGGAUCAUCUUCAGAACACCCGAGGCUUUGUCUUCACGAACCUCAAGACAUUCUGUAUCGAUGAGGCAGACAGGAUCCUUGAAAUUGGAUUCGAGGACGAGAUGAGGCAAAUCGUCAAGAUCCUACCCAACGAAAAUCGCCAGUCCCUCCUCUUCUCGGCUACUCAGACCACCAAGGUGCAAGACUUGGCCAGGAUCUCCCUGCGGCCAGGUCCGCUCUACAUCAAUGUCCACGCCGAUCUUGCAGCGUCCACAGUCUCGCGCCUCGAGCAGGGAUAUGUCGUCUGUCCGUCGGAGGAGCGAUUCCUGCUCCUCUUCACCUUCCUCAAGCGCAACGCCAACAAGAAGUGCAUCGUCUUCAUGUCGAGCUGCAACUCGGUCAAGUAUCACUCUGAGCUGCUAAACUACAUUGACGUGCCUGUGCUGGACUUGCACGGCAAGCAGAAGCAGCAAAAGCGGACAAGUACUUUCUUCGAGUAUUGCAAUGCCCCCAAGGGUACUCUUCUCUGCACUGAUGUGGCAGCUAGGGGACUUGACAUUCCCAAGGUGGACUGGAUCAUCCAAUUCGACCCACCUGAUGACCCGAGGGACUACAUCCAUCGAGUAGGCAGAACAGCUCGCGCAGGCAAGGCCGGAAAGUCUCUCCUCUUCCUCCUCCCCUCCGAGCUUGGCUUCCUCCGCUUCUUGAAAGUAGCCAAAGUACCUCUCAACGAGUACACUUUCCCACCGAGCAAAGUGGCGAACGUUCAAGGGCAGCUGGAGAAGCUCAUCUCUUCCAACUACUACUUGCAUCAGAGCGCUUUGGAGGGUUACAGGAGCUACUUGCAGGCAUACGCGAGCUACUCAUUGAAGAGGAUCUUCGAUGUCCACUCGCUCGACCUGGCCGCCGUUGGCAGGGCUUAUGGCUUCAAAGUACCACCGAAGGUCAACAUUGGUAUUGGAGGCUCGUUGAAGGGGAAGCAAGCGGCCAGCAACGGCAAAAGGAAGGAGAUUGACGCAGAAGAGGGUGGGGCAGAGGGAGCAGCAAAUGGUCAUGGAGCAGCAGCAGAGGGUGCUGCAGAAGCUGAUCUCGAAGCAGGACCAUCGAGGAAAGACCAAGCCAAUAGGAGAGAAUACAAGAAGUCCAGGGGUGGCGCUUCGGGUGGUAGGGAAGGUAGGAGCGCUCAGGCUGUGGAAAAGUAUCGGCGAGCGGCAGAUGGGAAUGCUCGUGGUAUGAAGAGGGGCGGCAAGUGGUCUAGGUGAUUGGAGAGACUUCAACUCAAUGCAUCAAUAGUCACUCUG